AUGAAAGUUGUCUGGUUAGCAUGUUUCAUAAUACUGGCAGCUAUAUGGUAUAAAGACUACCAAAGUUUAAGAGGAUUCAUGGACGACAGAGUGUCGAAGACCUUGCCAAUUAAUUUUAACGCACUAAAGUUAUCUACCAAUUCUUAUAUACCCGUGGAUGAGCACCUUAUAAAGCCUAACAGAGAACCGAACCCAAAAUUUGUUAAAGAAAAUGCUACUUUGCUGAUGUUAUGCCGAAAUUGGGAACUAGAAGAAGUACUGCAAUCAAUGAGAUCACUCGAAGAUAGGUUCAAUGGUAGGUAUCAGUAUACUUGGACAUUCUUGAAUGAUGUGCCCUUUGAGAAACAGUUCAUACAGGAAACAACUUUGAUGGCCUCGGGGAAAACUCAAUAUGCGUUAAUUUCUAGCACAGAUUGGAAUAGACCUUCUUUUAUAAACGAAACGAGGUUCGAACAGAAUUUAAUCCAAUCUGAGAAGGAUGAUAUCAUCUACGGUGGAAGUCCAUCUUAUCGAAAUAUGUGCCGUUUCAAUUCAGGAUUCUUUUACAAACAAAAGAUACUCGACCAAUAUGAUUAUUAUUUUAGAGUGGAACCCGGAGUGGAGUACUUUUGUGAUUUAGAAGAGGAUCCAUUCAGAUAUAUGAGACUUCACGAUAAAAAGUAUGGGUUUGUCAUUUCACUUUACGAGUAUGAAAACACCAUUCCAACGUUAUGGCAGACCGUUGAAAAAUUCAUAGAAAAUCAUCCAGAGUACAUCCACCCAAACAACUCCUACGAAUUUUUAACUGACAAGGAAGUUGUUGGCCCUUUAGGCUUAGUUGCAUUAACUGAACAGACUUAUAAUCUGUGCCAUUUUUGGUCUAAUUUUGAAAUUGGAGAUUUGAACUUUUUUAGAAGUGAAAAGUACGAGGCUUUUUUCCAGUUUCUGGAUCAGGCUGGAGGAUUUUAUUAUGAAAGAUGGGGAGAUGCCCCAGUGCAUUCGAUAGCAGUUGGCAUUUUGUUAGAUAAGAGACAGAUACACCAUUUUGAGAAUAUUGGUUAUUACCAUCUUCCAUUCAGCACAUGUCCCCAGUCAUAUUGGUCAUACAAGUGCAAUAGAUGCAUUUGCAAGCGGAAUGAAUCCAUCGAUUUAGUUCCACAUAGUUGUCUUAGCAAAUGGUGGAAAUAUGGAGGUAAAACAUUCCUCCAAUAG